AUGAAGCUCACGUACGACUCGCUCAGCCAAUUUGCGUGCAUCCCUGCAGGCUACAUCUCUGACGAAUUCCUUGGCAAGUUCAAAACGCUCCUGGGCGCUGCAUCCUCCAGUUCCGUGGGUUUUGUGCUCAUCACCCUUGCAGCCUUACCGUCAAUUCGCGCCACACAGUCUUUGAGUCAGACUCUAUUCUGUGUUGGUCUCUUCGGUGGUGUUGCGCUCAACCAGGUGUGUCUUCGAGCGCUGACGGUCUCAUUUGGCGGUGAUCAAUUCUCCAUCACGUCUCCCCCAGAAGAGCGUGCGACUACGCUUGUGUUCCCUUCGCUCGCUAUCCAUGGCUUUGGAGCAAUCCCAGCCGAAUACGGUUUCAUGGCAGUCUAUCUGGUUGGUCUACUCAUGCUGCUGACUUUCGUCGGAGUGAUGCUGUCCACACGAAAGCGCUACGUAGACGUACCACCAACUAGGAGUGCUCUCGGUGCUGUGAUUCGUGUCGUUGUCCGUCGCGCCAGACAUAACUACCAGGCAAGGAUGAUUGUGUUGGGUACCAUAAUGUAUCUCUCCGCUUUUCUGCUCAAUUUCCCUGCCGCAUUCUUAGGGGAUCAUGGGGAAGUUGGCCACAACAUUUCAUACGCGUGCGGUGUCUUGACAAUUGCCGCUACCAUCCUCUACAUCUAUUACGCUCGAGACCCCUCCUUCAUCGAUGGUGCCACCGAUGCUCUCGGCGUCGAACUCGACCCUGAAACGAUUCGUGGAAUCAAGCAGGUCAUCCGAAUCCUCCCUUUCAACGCCUUUAACAUGUUCUGGUGGGUCUGCCAGAACCAACGCGGCAACAAUCAGACAAUCAUCCAGGAGACCGAUGUGAGACUAGGUAGCGGACCCGGCGCCAGCCAAAUUCCUGGCCCCACGGUCCAGAUCUUCAAUCCAGCUCCGAAGUAUUUUGGCGAACCACCCAGCAGAUAUGGCAAGGUUUUGGCUGGAUAUAUUGUGGCGAUCAUCGCGAUGCUUUGGACGGGGUUCUUUGAAAUCAUCCGACGAAACUCCUCUUUGUUGACGUACGAGGACUCCAAUGGAGAGAUGCAGUACAUUUUGAAUGACGACGGCGGCCAGCCCAUGAGCGACAUUCCAUGGUAUGCUGCGAUUCCUCAGUACUGUCUUGUGUCGUUGGCGACGGUAUUCAUUCAGAUCUCCACGUAUAACAUCGGUUAUACGGAGGUCCCGCUGAGCUUGUGUGGCAUGUCAAUCGCCUUGGGUUUCUUUAUGAACUCGAUGGGUAGCACACUUUUGUCCGUGUUCGUGCUGUUGUUCGGCAAGUACAUACCCACUGACUUGAACGACGGUCACAUGGAGUAUUUAUACUUUGCACUGGCGGCGGUGAUGGCGAUAAACACCUUCUUUUACGUGCUGGUGAUGAAGGAAAUGAAUUUUGCGAUGAUUCCACCGGUCGAUCGGUCGACAAAAGAUCCGCUAAGACAGAGUCUGCAGGAUCGAGAGUCGAAGCAAGCGUCAGUAGCGUAG